CGCGCAACAGAAGAAAAUGCUACAGUCACCCCAGUAACCCAGCAAGGGCCAUGCUUCCUCAACGUGAUUUGUGCUAAUUGCAAACCCUUUUUCUCUCUCUCUCUAUAAAACCUAGUCACCCCUCAACUUCUUUCCUCCAUACUAAGCUCAUCUCUCCUCUCUUUCCUCUGAGAAAUGGCUGUAACGAGCUCAGCGGUGCUUGCUUUCUUGCUGCUGAUAGCUGCUUCUGCUUUUGCAGCUCCACCUCCACCUUCGGAAGGGCUUUUACCAAAUGGCAACUUUGAAGACCCGCCGAAACGCACUGACCUCAAGAAGACAGUAAUCCAGGGCAAGAAUGGCUUGCCCAAGUGGGAAAUCAACGGCCUCGUCGAGUACAUCUCCGGUGGUCCCCAGCCGGGCGGUAUGUUCUUUGCCGUUGCACACGGUGUCCACGCCGUCAGGCUCGGCAACGACGCCUCCAUCUCACAGUCCAUACCGGUCAAACCGGGAUCUCUGUACGCGCUCACGUUCGGAGCGUCAAGAACCUGCGCACAGGAUGAGGUGCUGAGAGUGUCCGUGCAUCCACAGACAGGGGAUCUUCCUCUGCAGACGCUCUACAGCAGCAAUGGCGGGGACACGUAUGCUUGGGGGUUUAGGGCUGCUUCGAAUGUGGCUAAGGUGGUGUUUCACAAUCCUGGAGUUCAGGAGGAUCCUGCCUGUGGCCCACUCUUGGAUGCUGUAGCCAUCAAGGAGCUCUUUCCUCCCAGGCCAACAAGAGAUAACUUGGUGAAGAACGCCGGAUUUGAGGAGGGUCCCCACCGCCUGAUCAAUUCAUCCAAUGGUGUACUCCUCCCCCCAAGACAGGAGGAUCUCACAUCUCCCCUUCCUGGUUGGAUCAUUGAAUCGCUCAAGGCAGUGAAGUUCAUAGACAAGAAGCACUUCAACGUCCCCUUUGGACUCGCAGCAGUUGAGCUAGUUGCAGGAAGAGAAAGUGCGAUUGCCCAAAUUAUAAGAACCCUCCCCAGUAAAUGCUACAAUCUCACCUUUGCCGUUGGAGACGCGAGGAACGGCUGCCAUGGGUCGAUGAUGGUGGAAGCUUUUGCUGCUAAAGACACCCUCAAAGUCCCUUUCCAAUCGCAAGGGAAGGGGAGGUUCAAGACCGCAAGCUUAAAGUUCAAAGCACUUUCAGCAAGGACAAGGCUCACUUUCUUCAGUUCAUUCUACCACACCAGAAUCGACGACUUUGGCUCUCUGUGUGGCCCCGUGCUUGAUGAAGUUAGAGUUGUCCCUCUGUCUAGAUGUUGAGACAGAAAACCGAAUGAUUUUCAGAAAAAAACUUCGUGGAGACUUCUUAAGGAGUUCUAAUAGGCGUGUCUUGUGUGUUGACAUUUGAUUGAGGCAAAUUUUCUGCUUUAGCGCUUGCUUGUCGUUA